UAAACCGCGAUUGCGUAAAACCAAGCGUUUGGUCUCAGCCAGUCGGAAUUGCUCAACCAUAGUGUGGUGCGGUCUUGUCUCAAGCCGUGGUAUUCUUGCGUUCCUUUCGGGAGCGGGGCUUUUGUUUCAUCAAGCAACAGGGGUUGCAACUUUGUCGCAAUCCAAAAAAUUCGUGCUUAGAAUCAAACGCGAUCCGUCGGUUUUCUUUGAAACCGAGAAUCGGRUUUGAAUCACCUGUGGUCGACCGUUCCCGAAGCUUGGGACAUCCUCUUUCAAUUUCGUACGGUCGAACAACACAUUGGCACCGAAAGUAUCGUACAGCGGUCGAACAACACAUUGGCACCGAAAGUAUCGUACAGUGCGGCCGAGACCGCUCCCAUGGCGAAUCAACUCUAUCAUCUCUUCGUCUUCAUACUGGGCUUUGGGGCAGGAAUUCUCACCUUGCACCUGCAGCUGCUCACUCAGGAACUCGAAGCCGACAAGGCAUACGAACGCAGCAUUGAAGCCACAACACAACACAAAGAAGUCAAUGUUGAUCCGUAUCCUCUUCCUCCGUGUCAUCCAAACCGUACAUCAGCAGUUUACAUAUUUUAUGGUUUACCUSUCGAAUCACAGGAAGGAAUUACACUAUUUCAUUCAAUCCGUUCUCUAUUGAAAUCUAAUUUCCCGGGUACAAUACGAGUUAUCAUCGACGAGAAAGUAAACGAUACCAUCCGCGAAGCAAUAGACCCAAUGCACAGAGAUCUGUUGGACAAGAUAGAUAUUUUUGCACUGCCCUUGCCCGAUCUAAGUGGGAAAGAGCUUAUUCCCCACUCGAACAAAAUYCGUGCAUUGCAGGCGGGAGCUCUGAUCUACGGCAARGACACCAACGAAUGUACCGUGGCAUUGGACGGCGACACGUACAUACAUCCCAAUGCACCAUGGACAAAACUCCUUUCGACACUGGAACUCUACGAGAUUUCUGUUUCUCACGACUGCGAUGUUGCAAUCGAAGGAGUUCCCGAGUUUCUGGGUGAGUGGAUGCCAAAUACGGGGGUUUUGGCACUCMGAAACACCCCGCGGGUAAGGACGAUCCUGGGGGAUUGGCUGGAUCGUUUUGUGCCCUGCAACGCAACACAYGUGGGGUCGUGCACACCCGGGACCGAUCAGUACUCUUUCCUCCAGCUUGCGGCAAAACACGCCGCAAGACUAUGGAAACUGGACAACAGCUGGAACUGCCGGUUGACCCCAACCGAAAUAAGUGCCAACAUUACGGAGUUUCCGGUCCACUCUCUAACCGUCUUGAGCAAUCGGGAGGACAUCAAUGCGGCCGAUUCCAAGGCCGUCACUACCUGUGCCGGGUACAGAGAAUGCCACAUACUCCAUUCACACUAUCUUCGGUUCCCAUAGGGAAGCAAACAUUCUARUAUUAGUCAUAACCGAUAAACAAAAAAUGAUAAU